AUGGGGUUCUUCGACCACCUCCAAAAAGGAGGGGCCUUUUCUCUGCAGCCGCAAAAGGCGCAAGUGCGCAAGGUCGUGCAGACAAGACCCGCCCUCCCCAAAUCGAAGUCCACCUCCCAGACCCCAGAUAGCCGCUCGCCUCGAGUUCAAUCCUCCUCCGAACGGAGCCGCAAGACGCCCCUCCAAUCCCGGUCGGCCUCGACUGAUCCAGAAGCGCGCCCCUCCAAGCGUCUGAACACUCCGACACGCGGUCGCAAGAGACCAACGCCCGAGCAGCGCCUCUCCAGUGAUGACGAUACCAGCGAUAGUGAUGUAUCUUUCGAAGUUCGCAAACGCGCGCGGACCAGUGCCAGCGCAGAGCCGGACCCGGAGAGGCGGCUUCGCUCGCUGAAGGCAUUUUCGGAAGAGGGAAGCCGUCCGUUCAAAAUGGUCCAUGCCGCGGCUAUUACCUCUGGUCAGAAAGCUGGGAAGUUCAAGGCUGCGUUUGGAGCUGAGGAAAAGACCAAGCCUAUCUUCUUGCAAUACCCGAGUGCUUCCCAGAAAGAGAAGUAUGUGCGCCCAAUUGAUGACGAUGUACGCAACAUGCUAAUAAGCUAUUCCUCCUUACUUAGGUACGAAUGUGUGGUUCCUCGAGAUAACGAUGAGUUCCGAUCCAUCGACGAGAUCGUCCAAGUAAUAGAGACUGUGGCGGAUAACUACAUCCCUGCCGAAGAAGCAGACGAGUUCAACAAUGAGACCACUGGAAUUAAACGGCGACUGCGCAGAGCUCUUGCGGUAGUAUCUGAAACUCAGUUCCGAGAGGCUGUAGACGACUACAAUAAGGCUAUUACGCGGCUGCGCGAGAACGGAAGUAUUGCAAAGCUAUUGGAUGCGACUCAACGCAUGAACCUGCCCUGGGUUGAGCGAAUCUUGACUCAAAUCUACGCACGUACCGUAUCCCCUCGGGUCGAGUCUUUGCGGCAAUACGAAAACGGUACAGACAAUGUGUACGGCGAGCUUCUUCCACGAUUUAUCAGCAACAUAUUCAAGGAGACCAAACUCAAAUCAAGCCAGGUUUUUGUGGAUCUCGGAUCUGGUGUGGGGAAUGUGGUACUUCAGGCUGCGUUGGAGAUAGGUUGCGAGAGCUGGGGCUGUGAGAUGAUGGCAAACGCCUGUGACUUGGCGGACUUGCAGCAGUCCGAAUUUAAGGCGCGUUGUCGGCUCUGGGGUCUUUUACCUGGCAAAACCCACCUGGUUCGAGGUGACUUCCUGGAGCAAGAGAGCAUUGUCAAUGUUUUGAAGCGAGCAGACGUGGUUCUCAUCAACAACCAGGCUUUCACCCCGCAGCUUAACAACGAACUCAUCAAUCAUUUUCUUGAUAUGAAGGAGGGGUGCCAGAUCGUGUCUCUCAAGUCUUUUGUUCCAGCGGGACAUAAAAUCCAGUCCCGCAAUCUCAACUCACCUAUCAACCUUUUGAAGGUUCAGCAAAAGAACUACUGGUCGAACUCUGUCAGCUGGACGGAUGUCGGUGGCACAUACUUCAUUGCCACGAAGGAUAGCUCCCGGCUGCAGGCCUUUGCCAACGGCUUACUUUGA